AUGUGCCAUGGAGCUCUGCUUGCAGCAGCGGUUGCGGCCAUCAAGCCCUCAAGGUUCGCCCUGGCCAAGGCCGCUGCAAAGAUGCGACCACGGGUGCGGUCGCUCGCGUCGCGGCGUGCCGAUGACCAGAAGACACAACAGCCGAAGGCCGCGCGGGCUUCGGCGAAGUUCGACUUCGCGGCUGUGUCCUGGUCUCCCGGCACGGCGCACAGCCUCCCAGACCCAGGUUCGCCGGAGAGCACACCGAGCGAUGUCGACAGCCCAGUGAGGAGAAAACGAUUUCUUGUAUCAGAACAGGAAAUCUCCUUCUCGGUUGUUAUCGCUGGGUUUGCGAGGCAAGGGCGGCCAAAUGCCGCAGCAAUGUUCUUGGAGGCCAUGGUCACGAAUGGCCUCUCUCCAAAUGUCAUGGUCUUCAACGCUGUCAUUGCGGCGUUCGCUGGACAUGCGGAUGUGCCUCAAGCAGUCAAUUGGUUCCGAAAAAUGGAAGACCAGGGCUUGAAGCCAAACGUCGCGACACUCACCUUCGUCAUCGAUGCUUGUGCCAAGGCUGGUAAAGCAGAUGAGGCGGUGAGGUGGCUCCACGAAAUCGAGGAGAGGGGUUUGCAGCCGAACAUCGUAUCCUACAAUGCCGUCAUCAACGCCUUCGCAAGGCGAGGUGACGUCUCUGGUGCCUUGAACUGGCUGGAGCGGAUGCAGCCUGUGGUGGAGCCCGACAAGGUCUCGUACAACUCAGUGAUUCACAGCUGCGCAGUCUCCGAGGAUCCCAGUGCGGGUGAGGCCGGGAUGCCUUUUUUUGCCUUUCCUGCCGAGUUCGGCCCUGGGCCCAUGGGGGCGCUGCCGGGCAGGUGGCUGAGAAGAUCUUCAGGCGCAUGA